AUAUAUUUCAGUCUUGUAUUUAUACUGGAUUUUUUUUAUUAUUUCUCUUUAAUAUUUAAUAAAUAACAAAUACAUACUGUUCCAUAAUGUUUAAAGUUAAUAAAAAAUAAUACAAGAUUUUCUUAAACGUUUGAGGUUAUGUUCGAAUUAUUUUGAAUCAAUUUACUAGUCAUUAUUCAUUAAUUCAGUAAGUGUUAUUCUUAAUAUUGGUGAUCUCGCUCUUCGCGUUCAAUUCAAGGGAACAAUUUUGCCCUUCAAUUUUUCGUAUAGUAGUUAUUCGUUAAAAAUGGAAGCAAAGAGAAAACGUCGAAAGUUAAAAAUUGCGAGUCAAGCCGAAAUUCUACGAUCACAGCAGAGGGACGGUGACUUUGUAAAAUAUUUACGAGAGAAAAUUACCGAUGUACUGCAAAUUCUUGAGAAACGGACUGGAUUGCUACCUUUUAUGCACUCAGAUAUUCCAUUCAAAUUGAUUUAUUUCUUUUUUACCACUGGAAUGGGAAAUCAAACAUUAGGAGAAGAAUACACUGGCAUCGUGCAGGCCAAUUUAAAUGCUCAAAAAGUUCCAUCUAUAUAUGCAAGGCUGCUAGCAAUAGUUUUAGAAUGUCUUGGAGAGAAAGGAUUAAUAAGAUUGCUAAAAAAAUUAGAACUAUCCAUUAAUCAUCCUUAUAGCCAAUUAACUCCUGCAGCUGUAACAUUUUUAAACUCUUUCAUAACAAAAAUGUAUACUAUGAUACCCAUUUUCAUAUUAGUGCACAAGGGAUUGUUUUAUAUGUUUGGUCGAUAUUAUAGCUUAGGUAAAAGAAUAGCACGAAUAGAUUAUGCAAAGGUAUAUGGUCAGAGGCCUACUGAUACUAUCAGUUGGGGAUUGAGACUAUUAGGAAUUGCUACUCUCGCACAGUGUAUGUUAAAAAUCUGGCAAACAAACCAUAGUGAAAAUUGCUCUGAUAAAUACUUAACAAUUGAUGAGAGACAUAGUAUGCUGAUGUGCCAGUUGUGCCUUGAAAAUGUGCCAACAACUACCACACCUUGUGGUCAUUUGUUUUGUUGGUUUUGCCUUACCGAUUGGUUAAAUACUAAAUCACAAUGUCCGCUAUGUAGAGAACAUGUUAUACCUUCUAGGAUAGUGCAUGUAAUGAAUUUGUAAAUAUUUUCGACUAUUUAUAAAGAGAAAUUAAUAAAUUAAAAUAACAUGCAA